UAAGAGGCUCCCCCUCUUUUUUGCUCACAUUCUCAGGUUAUAUUUUAAGGACUUUUGCUCUGCAGGUUUAUUACUUUGUUUGCUAUAUUGGAUAGUUGUAAUUUAAGCAUUGGUUCUGAUCAAGGAUGCACUACAAUUUAUUUUGCCGCACGUCACUUCAUUCAUCUUAUAACUAAUUAAGAUAAGGCAACUAUCUAGCAACUUUUUUGCAGUAUGUUGGGAAAGUUGAAGGCGAAGUGCACUUGAAACAGUAAUUUGCUUAAGAGAUUAAAAUGUAAAAUUGUAGUAAAACUGCUCCUCUGGUUAAUUUGUUGCCAGAUUAAUGUAGAACACAGUUCAUAAUUUUAAUCUGGGAAAGGCUCCAGCCCACACGCAACCCUGACGGAUAAGCGGUAUAGAAAAUGGAUGGAUGGAUGGGUGGAUCUUUAUAUAUCUAUACACAGCCAGAUGUGCAAUAUAUGUGAAAAUAAAUCUGUUUACAUUUAUGUUGUGAAGGUUUUUCAUCCCUUCAGUCCUACAGCUCAGUUUCAGCAAUGUGAUAUAGAUUUGUAUUUGCAUAUCUGCAAAUGCAACUGAUUAUGUUGUUACCACAGUUAAUUUUUUCUACAUACACUCAGAGAGAGGCAACACAUGAAAAGCUAAAGCGUGAAUGAAUAAGGGGAGAAACAACACAAUACAGAUUUUUCUAUACAUGAGGCUCACUGAAUGGUAGAAGAGAAGAAGUGUGGAAAUUAUGCUCUGGCCUUUGUGGUCACCAGUUGUCAACCAAAGUGAACACCUAUGGAAAAUUCAAGUUGGGAAAAUCUCUCCACCAUCAUCAAAAGGCCAAAAAAGGUAAUAUCUUUUGAAAGAAUAGCAAUGAGAGCAUUUUGUAUUUUACUGUACUUUCCCAAAUACAACCUCAAUUCCAAAAAAGUCAGGAGGCUGUAUUAAACCCUAAUAGAACAGUGAAAUAGUUUGUUCAUUCAGACAUUCUGACGAAGAAUUUCCCUAUGGGGAUAAAUAAAGGAAUUCUGAUUCUGAUGUGCUCAGGCUGAGUACAAACUUAACAUAUUUUGUUUUUUUUAUUAUUUGUUUGUUGUUUUGUAAAUACAUCCUUAUCGAUCCCUGCAACACAUCUCAAACAGGUUGAGACGGCCAACCAAAGAGUAAGCUGUGGAAUGCUCAAAAAAUGCCUAUUUGAAACAUUGAUCAGACAUUCAUGAGCAAGGAUGUGAUGAGAUCCCAGACUUUGUAAAACGGGAUCAUUUGGGGUUUUUUAUGUAUUUUAUGAAAACACUGAAAUAUCGUAGAUCUGUUUGCGAUCUGAAGCCCUGAACAGUUCUUGUUCUCCAUCUAUUGGGGAACUUUUCAAGGAAUCACACCUGUGUCUGUAACUUUUGUCCAAUAACGUUUUUUCAGUGAACUGAGCUAAAUACUAUGCAGAAUUUUACUACUUAGUGUCUGGAGAUUAGUAUGAUUGAUGUCAUCCUGGGAUCUGGUGAUUAGUACCAUUAAUGUCUUCCUGAGGUUUGGUGAUUAGUAGGAAUGACGGUUUCCAGCCCCCCCGCUUCGUGGUGUAUUGGAAAGGUCAUUGGUUAAUUUUCAGAUGUUUACACCUCUUUUGUUAAACAGUUACUAUAUUAAGCGUCCAACAGAGACCUCUCGGUAGAGUGAUCUUUUUUUGGCCUGGGUCCACUCGCAUGUAUUUGAUGCUAUGCUUCUUGUAAUAAACUUCUUACACAAGCAAGAAGAAGUAAUCUCCUUCAACAUCUUCACAUCAUCGCUAUCAAAUAUACAACACUGCUACUAUUACUACUACUACCGGUAAUAAUAAUAAAUGUAUCUAGAUACCAACGUCAGUAUUGUUUUGCUUUUCUUAGCGUUUUCUUCCUCCAUGGGGCUAUAGCCACUCUGUUACAGUAACCAUAGCAACCGAUGAUGUUUGGUUUUUCGCUGCCAUUGUUUGUGGUGGCACCGUUGAUGCACUUAGCUAGAUACACUAAGCUAGAUACCUGCUAGCUUUGAACAUCUGCCCGUCGUGUAGCUAUCGUUAGUCUGUAUUUAUCUGAAGUUGGCGUCAAGUGAAAUAACAACGAAAUUAACAAAUCAAAUAAACAGGUGAGGAACGAUGGACACUCCGGACAGGAACCAAGACAGAGGUCAACAGAUCCUUCAGUCAGCUGUCUCAUUCAAGGCUGCCCUUCUGAAAAGCAACACUAAAAACAACCUCAACCUCUACGACCAUCUCACUCGGGUGCUGUUAAAGGUGAUGGAUGAGCAUCCACCGAAUGUGGUGGAUGUGAUAGAAGACUUGAGCCGUGAUGUGAAGCGGGGUUUACUUGAAGACAAACAGAGCAUUCUGCAAGACUAUCCACAGUCCACAGCUAUUGAGAUGCUGGCCGAGCAGCAGCGGCUGCUGUUUUAUCGGCCAGAAGAGACUGACCAGGAGGAAGAACUGGUGGAAACUGCUCUUCCUAAUGUGAGUGAGGUUGGCUUCUACUUGGAGCAUGUUGGAGUGGGUCUGGGGAGAGACGAAAUGCAGAGGGUCUUCCUUGCACUCAAGCAGCUCGCUGAGUCGCAGGCACUGCUGCAUUGCAGACUGUGGGGAAAGAUUCUGGGAACAGAGAGCAGUUAUAUCAUUGCUGAAGUUGAGUACAGAGAUGGAGAGGAAGAGGAGGAGCAGAGCAUUGAAGAAGAGGAGAAAGAAACCGAGAAUGAAAAAGAGAUGGAUCCACCUCCUCAGUCCACCUAUAAACCCUUACCAGUGGUGCCAAAGGAGGCCAUAGGAACAGGUGCUAACAAGUUUGUUUAUUAUGUGUGCAAAGAGCCUGGUUUUCCUUGGGUGAAGCUCCCUUCAGUCAGUCCUGCACAGAUCACUGCUGCUCGCCAAAUUCGGAAAUUCUUCACCGGGAGACUGGACAACCCAAUUGUGAGCUACCCACCUUUCCCUGGGAAUGAAGCCAACUAUCUCAGAGCACAGAUUGCUCGAAUCUCUGCUGGCACACAGGUCAGCCCCCAGGGUUUCUUUCAAACUGUGGAAGAGGAAGGUGAUGAGGAAGACGAGGCACCCAGGGACAGCUAUGAAAUAAAUCCUGACUUUGAAGGUGUUCCAGUUUCUGAGAUGGCUGAGUCUUUAUCUACCUGGGUACAUCAUGUUCAGCACAUCCUCCAGCAGGGACGCUGUACUUGGGUGAACUUGGCUGUGAAAACAGGUGAAGACUCAAAUGAGGAAAGAGAAGCUGAAGAGAAGGAAGAGGAGCCUGAUGAGCCUGAGCCAGAAGUUGGACCCCCUUUGCUCACACCCCUCUCCCAAGAUGCAGAUAUUUUCAAUACCCCUCCCUGGAGCUCAAAGAUGUCCUCCACUCUCACCUGUCAGCAUGCAGUAGCUGUGCUGCGUUCUAACCUCUGGCCGGGGGCAUAUGCAUAUGCUUGUGGAAAGAAGUUUGAGAACAUAUAUGUUGGAUGGGGUCUGAAGUAUGCAGGUGAAGGGUACAGCCCACCCGUCCCCCCGCUACCACAGGCAGAAUAUACCAGUGGACCAGAAAUCACAGAGGCCCUGGACCCAUCACUGGAAGAGGAGCAGGCACUGAAAGAAUCUUUAGAGGAGCAGCUAGCUGCCCAGGAAGAGAUAGUGGACACAGACGAAGAGGAGGAGGAAGAUGAUGACUGAGAAAAUAUUAUAUUUAGCUUUCAAGUAUUUAUUUGUAAUUCAGUUAACAAAUAAAUCUGUUUACUCAG